AUGUCCCUAUAUUGGAGCGACGACUUCUACAUGUAUUGGGAGUGCAAUACACAGCCGGUCGACCCGAUAACAAUCCUGGCUACUCCGACCAUCACAGGUCACGGAGAGGUAUCGACACAAUACCUCAACGCAGCCUUUUCGGCACCGGGCGCAGCGUCAUCUCCUACCACGAGUCAGUCCGGGGACAGUGGUAGUAGCGGCGGGAAUGGAGACACCAGCAAUGGGAAUGGAUCCAACAGUAGCAACCUGGCCGCCAUUAUCGGCGCCAUCGCGGGCGUCGUCGCCGCCAUAGCUGCGGUUGGGCUGUGGUUCUGCACCAAACGUCAUUUCCAUAUAACACGGCAGCAUGAUAUUCAGCGGGAUCAAGAAGGAGGACAUGGUCGUGAUCUGGCGGUGCGAACGAAUACCGGCCUGGCCAAUCUCACUGGGGAGAUUGCGAGGCCGUUGAACGUUUACAUCAAUGAGCUUCAUUAUCACGACCAUACGGGGAGGGGAGCAGCGCAGCUAUCGCAGCUGAGGUUGAACGGUUGA